ACCUUGAUCCUGAGAUACAGUUCCAUAUGGCAAAUUCCCCGGGGAUGCCUUUAAAGUCCUGAUUUGGAGCAGGCAGGGGUCUGAGUGAAUGUGGGUUGAAGGAUCACCAUGGAGCUCUGAGCAGCUAGUGGCAGGAAAUAUUACAGAUGCUCAGUGCACUUUCUGCUUCCUCAAAACUGCAGUCAGCUGCUUCACCACCUGGGCUGUAGGCUCUGCUUCUGGCCUGGAGAACAUCUACACAGGAGCAAAAGGACCCGGGUUUGGUAUAGCUGGCACUGUGAAUGUGACGGGUGAUGAGGUGAAAAAGCUGGAUGUACUAUCUAACUCCCUGGUGAUUAACAUGCUGCAGUCCUCCUACAGCACCUGCGUCCUGGUCACAGAGGAGAACAAGGAGGCCAUCAUCACCCCGAAAGACAAGCGGGGUAAAUAUGUGGUGUGCUUUGACCCCCUUGACGGUUCAUCCAAUAUAGACUGCUUGGCACCAAUAGGAACAAUAUUUGCUAUCUACAAAAAGGAAACAGAUGACGAGCCUUCUGAAAAAGAUGCUUUACAGCCUGGCCGCAAUAUUGUUGCUGCAGGCUAUGCCCUGUAUGGUAGUGCUACACUGGUUGCCCUCUCCACAGGGCAAGGAGUGGAUUGCUUCAUGCUUGAUCCGGGUCUUGGUGAAUUUAUUUUGGUGGACAGAGAUGUUAAAAUCAAGAAGAAGGGGAAGGUGUACAGUCUCAAUGAAGGUUAUGCAAAGUAUUUUGAUCCUGCAAUGACAGAAUAUUUGCAAAAGAAGAAAUUCCCUGAGGAUGGGAGCUCCCCAUAUGGUGCCAGGUAUGUGGGCUCCAUGGUAGCUGAUGUUCACCGUACAUUGCUGUACGGUGGGAUCUUCAUGUAUCCUGCUAACCAGAAGACUCCAAAAGGAAAGCAGAUGCUCCAGUGCACCGUCGGCACACGCCCGGGAAAAAAAGAGGUCAGCUUCUCUCCACGCCCAGCUGCCGCGACACCAGCCUUGUCAUCGUGUGCUCGGAGGAGCACAGCUCUGAGACACCGCACCGGGUGACACACCAUCUGUCUUUUGCCCUUUUGAUCGCCAGGUUUCCUGUUUUGUUCCUGUGUGGACAAUUUUCUCCCUCUUUUAACAACGCAGCAUGAUUUAUUAUUCCGGCACAGAAAAAGGAGACUGCUCAAACAAAAGCAGGGAGGAUAAGUGGAAAGGGACAUGCAGAUAAAUGUAGAAUCUGAAAUUUAAACUCAGCAGAAGAACGCUGAGAAUGGGGAUGUUUACUUUUAGCUCUUUUGAAGAUAUGCUGGGAGAAAACAAAGCCAAAGGGGGAGGCUAGCCUUCUUGCAAAUCCACACCCACAGCUGCUAAUCAGUUGUCUGCCCUCUGGCAGACAGCCUCACUGCUUUUGGCCUUCUUCCUCUCCCACUUUUCAGCUCUGUGUCAGUUUAGAUUAAAAAUUCAGUGUGGAGGGAGUUUCUUUUGCUCUUGGUUUGCAAAAUUACUAACAAAAUGGGGAUAUAAAGUUCAUUGAAAUGUCUGGAAAUAGUGCUACAGAAAUACCAUUUCAAAAGUAUUCCUGAUGGGCACCCUGUGUACACAAGGUUUGCUUCUGAAAUGCUCUAUUACACUGUGAGAGAAAUGUGACAGAAAUGCUCAUAACAGCACUGAAGCAGAAAACUCAGGUCCUCUCCAAUUCUUUCCAUGACUAGCAAGCAACAAAUAGCAAAAAGGCAGCAGGAUUUAUUCUUAACCUUUGCACAGGGCAUUGGAAUUUCUAUAUAAACAGAGAGAUUUCUUUUAACUAUGAGAGAAAUCUCUAAAAGCCUAUGCAAUUUUACAACACAGCUGAUGUUUCCAGUAUAUAUUUCCUGUUCCAAAAAAACCCGGCUGUCAGUUUAUGCUUCAUGCUUGAAUGAGGAAAGCAACACCGCUAAACAUGCUGAGCAGAAGGAAUGUUAAGAUGGCUAUUGAGAAGAACUUGCGUUCACAAUUCUAGCAUUGCUGUGCUAUUAUGGUAAAAGACUGUGAUAUGUGGUUUUAUUUUUGGUGGGUUUGGUUGGGGGCUUUAUUGAGGUUUUUUGGUGGGUUCUUUGUUGUUAUUGUUUUUAUUUCUGGUUUGUUUUGGUUUCAUUGUUUUGCUAUAUCCAGCAAAAAUGGGCACCUGCACACACAGCAAUGAACAGGUUUAAAAGUUCUGUGGGCAGCCCUAUCUAGGGGUGUUUUUGUGCCUUGUUACCAGCAGCAUAAACUGAUAUAUUACAGAGCUAUGCUUAGAAGUACCCUUUGUGGGAAAAAACACCUGACUUGGCAGCUCUGAAGCCAUGGCAUUUGACUUUCAGUUUUAAACAAAAUCAAGCGUGUUCCAAGACUUGUUACAGCCUCAAGGGGUUCUCAACAUCCCAUUUCAGCAUCAACUUCUCAGACACCCUAAGCCAGUCUGAGCAUCUAGUAGCCCAGCAUUUAUUUUAAACAGUUCUAUGUCAUGGCAUGCAUGCUGUGCAGGAGGUUUUCAUUAAUAAUUUUAAAAAAAAAAAACAAUCUUACUCCAUAAAACUUAGAAUAUUUCCAUGGCAUUUAGUAGCAUAUAGUUACUGAGAUUACAGUUUUUCCCAGUAGAGCAGCAUUGCAGCAUUGCACCUGACAACGCACAGUGUUACUUCUACAAUGUGUUUCCCAGCAUCAUUUUACUGGAAAGUCUAACAGGUUUCACUCAGAAGUAGGUUUUGGAUCUCCUAGAGAACAGUCAGUGAACAAAACAAGGAAGAAGCAUUGUAAAAAAUAAUCCAGUAAGUAUUUUACAAAUGGCCAUUGCCAUGGUUUCUUUGCUCCUUUGCGCACAGAGGUUGGCAGUAGCUCUUCAGCAGAAAACAGGCAGGAUGGAAAGAGUGUUGCAGAAAUCGUAUUUUAAGGCCACUGGACAAUAAAUCUUUGCACAACAGAGCAAAGAAAAAAAACCAAAAUAUUUUUUUUGAAAAAAAACCAAAACAGCCACUUGUGUUUGUGAACACAAAUGAAGGUGGCAUCUUCUGAGAUUCUUCUGAAACUCCUAAUCUAUCUAAACUAAUCAAUCCAUGGAUCAGGUCUCCACCCUGUGGCCAACCCUCCUCCUCCCCCAAACUAAAUUCCUGGUUGGGCUCCCAUCUGUUUUCAGAAGAGCCUUAUUAUCACUUAAGUUCAGUUUUGUGAAUUGUGAAUGAAAUUUUGCUUUUGAUUUUAGUCUUUCUUCCAAACGCUUUAGGUGCCCCUGCACUUACCCGAAAUUUCACUCAUGAUUCAAUAAACUGCGAUUAGCACAUAAGAUAAUAAAAUCCCCAUUACUGAUUUAAACAAUUAUUUCUUCAAAAGAGUGUAUUAGUUGAGUGAACAUUUCAUGAUAUGACUUCCCAGCAAAGACUGAAGAGCAUUGUAUGGACAGUAAGUAAAAAUAGGUGCUUACUCUGUCAUACACCUUGGUAAACUCCUAAGACAGCUAGAAAGCAGAAACAUCACGUUACAUUAUGACAGCCUUCAGGCUAUGCUCAAUUCUUUGGUUAAUAGCCAGAAACUGCUGUCAAUCUCUACUAUGUCAAAACUGAUUAGUUGGCAUUAUGCUUAAGACAUAUAUGACAGGAUUUGUUAUUUUAUCAGGGAGAUUAAGUAGCAAAUGCUGCAUAACUGAUAUUCAGAAGCUCACUUCUGGGUUUUUUUUGAAGUGGAUAUUCCCAUUUUCCUUUGUCUCUGGUUGUCUCAGAACUAUGUUUUUGGAGUGCUGUUAUGCAGAUCAACAGUAAUCUUUCCUUAUAGAAAACCUUCAAUGAUACAAUUAAUCAUGUUUGACUUUCCUGUAAGUUUUUCACUGCAUGAAAUCACAUGCAGUGUCAUUUUUUACUAUAGCUCUUCAAAGCAUUUUGGAAAUUGUAUUAGUGCAUAGCCUGUGUAGCAGAAUAAUAACAUUUGUUUCACUGCCAAUGUUUAGAAAUUGAUUUAACUUUAGCAAAGGCAAAAACCAAUACAUCAGGAAAAUACCUCUAAAAUUCUGUUCUACUCUGCAGUCACAGAUAGUACGAGAAAUUCAGUGCUCUUAAGGGAAAAUAGUUUCCUACGUGACAGACUCUAAAGAAUAAGUACUUCAUAUGUAAGUGAAAUAAUUUAAUUUCAUGAUUUUCCUUGCCUCAUACAUGCUUUUAAAAGCUCAGGUCCAGUGAGUGAUAAAAUACAUUCAAUAAGCAGAGCAGAGAAGCUGCUAAGAGACCUUCAGGACAAGAACAGUUUAAGAAGCAUCACCACAUGAAAAUCAAAUGCAAAACUUUUUUUUUCUUCCCAAAUUCCAAUAAAAAAGUAAUUUUCACAAUUAAGAUGCUAGUCAACAAGGACUGCAAAGGUUUAUCACUGUACAGAACUGCAGUCUAGCAUGUAAUAGUGCCCAGCUCAUGUAUCUCAAUAGGUGUAAGACCCCAUUAACAACAGUAGCCGUAAUUUAGAUAGGACCUAAACCAGGUAUAAAUAGGAUUUUUUACUAGUAUGUAUUUUACUGAUAAUACAUGUGGACUAGAAUAUUUUAAAUUAAUAAAUGCAGCUUCAGCUAUCAGUAGGAAUAUGUAAUCAGUGGAAGCUUUGGAGAGAAAACACUGGACUAGUAAUCAAGAGCUUUAAUUACCACAGCUUUCUGGGAACAACUCUGGAGAUUUCCAUGACCACAGGUAACAUGCAUUUGCUGUAUCUUCACAAAAGAAGAAUGAUAAACAGAGACAACACUUCCCCCACUGGAACACAUACCACUAUGGAAUAAUUUGCUACUUUACGAUAGUAUUUUUGAAGUAAAUAAAUAAAACAGCUUUGCCGAAGAUAGGGCCACUGCAAUGGAAUCCCAAAACCAGAUUUAAUAUUGUUCUUGAAAUCUGUUCUUUAUAUUCCUUAGGAAAAAAAAAAACUUACACAAACUGCAACUUUAAAAAAAUUUUAGUCUGUAUAGUGUCAGGUAACACAAUUCUGGGUGAAGCUGUUACUUCAGGUUGUGUAAAUACUGAGUUAUCUACAUGACCUGGCUUACCCUGUCCCCUUCUUUAUUAUUCACUCUGAGGACGUUCAGCCAGAACAGUCAGCAAGUUUUAAUCCACACAAAUAUUUUUUUCUAAAGAAGUCAAAGGCUGAUGGCUGUUUUGUGAACUACAUGCCCAUUCAUGUGCAGAUACUUUGGAAAGUU